CACUCAGUUUUUUUGCGGCUGGCCAAAACAAUUCAAUUUUUCAUCACGUCUGUGCUUUUUAAUAGCACGUUAUUGUGUUGAAAGACCUAUGCUGGUAAUAUUUCGACAGUCUCAGUGUUUUCUUCUUGUUUUCCAGAAUGUUAUUUGUAACGGUGUAACGUACGGAGAGCUUGUACAUGUUUAGAGUCUAUAAACACAACUUGCCAACCAACACACAGGACUAGCUAGCUCCAGGUUAUGGUCCAGUGUUAUAGCUUUAGUCGGAUAAAACACAUUACACAUUACACGUAUUUAUGACCCAGAGAGAUGGCUCCAAGCAAACGGAUUCUGAAGAAAACGCUGAAGGUGGAUUGCGAAUGGAGCUCGUGCCAGGAGUCCUUCAGUCGGAUGGACAACUUGUGCAGGCACGCGGACGGUCACCUGAGUGCUCUGGACGAGGAGCAGCCAGAAGAGGAAAUAGAAGGAGAAAGAAACUGCCUUUGGAGAGAUUGUGGUUUCUGUUCUAUGGAGGGUCCUGAGGAGAUGCGGCGACAUCUCUUCUUUCACUGUUACCACACAAAACUGAAGCAGUUGGGUCAGCAGGUGCUUAACACCCGGCCAAAAAUCGGCACCUGCGCCAUCGGCUACCAGAACCGCAACAUCAUCCCUGAAAUCCCUGACAAUUUCAUCUGUCUUUGGGAGGAAUGUGAGCAACCACCAUAUGAAAACCCAGAGUGGUUCUAUCGCCACGUGGAGAUGCACAGCCAGUGCAUAGAAAUACCAGCAGGAGAAUAUGAACUUCCAAUACGAUGUGGAUGGAAAGAUUGUGAAGCCACGACUAAAGGGCGUGCUAAGCUCCGGGAGCACCUGCGCAGCCACACCCAGGAGAAGCUGGUGGCGUGUCCCGGCUGCGGGGGGAUGUAUGCAAACAACACCAAGUUCUUUGACCACAUCAUACGACAGAGUGCCAUGGAAGGUCAGAGGUUCCAAUGUUCUCACUGUUCCAAACGUUUUGCAACAGAAAGACUUCUGAGAGAUCACAUGAGAACCCACGUGAGCCACUACAAAUGCCCGCUGUGUGACAUGACUUGUCCGACUCCCUCCGCUCUGCGCAACCACAUAAAGUUCCGUCACAGUAACGAGAGGCCGUACAGCUGCGAAUACUGCGAGUACAGCUGCAAGAAUCUGGUAGACUUGCGCAAACACCUGGACACCCACAGCAGCGAGCCGGCAUUUCACUGCGAUGAUCCCGGCUGUGGCUUCACUUCCCGCAGCUUCAUCACCAUGAAGAUCCACCACAAAAAGGAGCAUGAGGGGAACUUCGUCGCUCGCUACAAGUGCCAUGUGUGCGAUCAGUGCUUCACCCGAGGCAACAACCUGACCGUUCACCUGCACAAAAAGCACCAGUUCAAAUGGCCCUCAGGACACCCAAGGUUCAGGUAUAAGCAGCACGACGACGGCUUCCUGCGGCUGCAACUGAUCCGCUACGAGAGCGUGGAGCUGACCGAGCAGCUGAUGAGGGAGCGGCAGAGUAGGCAAGGGGAGGAGGACGAGGACGAUGGCAUGAAUGAGGAAGAACCCUCGGGGGCCGCUCUCUCAGAGCUGCAGGUAGAACUGAGAGGGGUUUUACUGGAGGAGCCAGAAGCCAGCGCUGAGGAGGGAGGUCAGGAGGAGGAGGGGAUGAUGUACGUCCUCACGGGGGGUUUGUCACCAGCGGAGGACUCGGACAUGCAGCAGAUCCACGAUAGUGAUCAGGGAGCGCAGGUGCUUUGACUGCUACAGCCCUGCGUACACGUACCAUAGACGAGAAGACAAUCUGUAAUGUUUCACAUAUCAUGAUAUAUGUUGGAAGAAUCUUGUUGUGUUUCUGAGCCUUUUAAUGGGGGUUGAAAGCACGUAAUAAUAAUUUAAAACGUCAGAAUGAGAAGACAUUUUGACUAUACGCCUAUGUUAGGUUUUACGUGUGCUUUUAUUUGCUGAUAUUGAGCGUGCGGAAAAAAAUGUGCCCAGUAUUUUUGUAAUUCAUUAUUCAUGCAUUAUAGUUUAUACUGUAAAGUCUUCAAAGGGUUGGAUAUUAAUGCUACACUGCCAAGUGGGAAAGCCGCCUUUUUUAUUGAAGAAUUCACCCCUAGUUGAAAAACACACAUUUUCCUGUUACCUGCUAUUUCUUCAUUUAGAUAUUUCUGUUGCGUGUUGGUGAUAUCAGUCGUAGAGAUGUCAGCCUUCAUGACCCGGUUACUGAAGAUAACCCACAGACAUGUUGUGAACAAUUUCAUGUAGGAAACACUGUCUUUCUAUUGAAGUACAUCCCAUUCAAUUUGAGUAAAUGGCACUAUAGAUACGAUGGAGACAUUUUGACUUUGAGGUGAAAUGUAAGAGAUAUGAUUUACAAGAAUGGCGUGUUUGCAUUAAUAUCCACUGACAUGUGGCAAAGAGGGCCUACCUCAUAGUGCUUUAUCUCUAACUCAAAUAAACUAGUAAAUCUAAAUGUUUGAAAAAA